AUGUAUAAAAACAUUUGUUGCAGCAACGGUGUUAUUUAAGAUUGGUUGUUUAUUUUAAAGACAGCAUCAUGCCUGAACCAGCAAAGUCCGCGCCCAAGAAGGGCUCAAAGAAGGCCGUCACCAAGACCGCCGGCAAAGGAGGGAAGAAGCGUAAGAGAUCCAGGAAGGAGAGCUACGCUAUAUAUGUGUACAAAGUGCUGAAGCAGGUUCAUCCUGACACCGGGAUCUCCUCCAAGGCGAUGGGCAUCAUGAACUCUUUCGUCAAUGACAUCUUCGAGCGCAUCGCCGGUGAGUCGUCUCGUCUCGCUCACUACAACAAGCGCUCCACCAUCACAUCGAGAGAGAUCCAGACCGCCGUGCGUCUGCUGCUGCCCGGGGAACUGGCCAAACACGCCGUGUCUGAGGGAACAAAGGCCGUGACCAAAUACACCAGCUCAAAGUAGACCUCCUCUGAGCUGAUCAGAGAACACAAAGGCUCUUUUAAGAGCCACCCA